ACGUUUAGAUCACGUUAUUUUAAUAUCUUCAUAUAGUAUUUAGUUUCUCACCCAAAAACCCAAAAACUCAAGGUCUUUUGUAUACGGAGUGACAUAAAAAGUAAUAGAAAUGCUUAUUUUUUAUGGUUAAACUGUAAAUAUAGAUAGCUUUACCGUAAGCUAGCUAGUGCUCGGCAAAGUUGGCGCAUGCGUACAAGGUUGUUUUUUUUAGUGACAGCGUUGUAUGGCCAAGCAGCUGUUAUUGUUAGUUAGUGUGAAAUAUAGUCCUAGUUAGUAUAGAACAUGGGUCCAAAAAAGAAAAGUGCCAUCCCAGACAGAUGGACUGAUUAUAAAGCAGUGGGUAAACAGAUACCAGGCACGCGCUUCAUUGCAUUUAAAGUACCUUUAAAACAGGCUUUGCACAGGCAUCUGCAUGAAUCAGAAGUGUUUGGACCUUUGGAUCUGAUGGAUGUGUUAAAGAAGGAGGGUGAAGAACUUGGUCUUAUCAUUGAUCUCACUUUCACCACACGUUACUACCAGCCCCAGGAUUUGCCAGACACGCUGCACUACCUGAAGAUAUUUACAGCAGGGCAUGAGGUGCCAAGUGACUCCACCAUCAUGAGCUUUAAAAAGGCAGUAAGAAGAUUUCUGCAUGAUAAUCAGAACAAUGAUAAGCUGAUUGGAGUUCACUGCACCCACGGACUAAACCGAACUGGAUACCUCGUGUGCAGAUAUCUGAUCGAUGUAGAUGGUGUUGAACCGCAUGAAGCCAUCGAUCUGUUCAACAAGGCACGUGGUCACUCUAUAGAGCGGCAGAAUUACCUGGAGGAUCUGAAAUCAGGACCAAAACGCAGUAAUGAUGGAAUGGACGAACCAGAGCAGGAGCCUGUUAAGGGUGGAGCCAGAAACAAUAGGAAUGACUCAACUGUCCAUGAACCUCACUCUUCUUUUAGGAGGAGAGAAGAUUAUCGGGAUCGCUUUGAGUUUUUCGACCAGACGUGGAGCAACAACCAGGCGAGACCCUGUCUACGUCCUUGGUUUCCCACACCCCCUCACAGAGCCCCUCCUCCUUUACUCCCUACACCAUCUUUCAGGGGACCACCUCCUCUCCUACCCACGCCUACCCCGGGUGCCUGGUUUGAUUUUAGGGCAGGCCAUUACCCCGCUCCUCCUCCAAACCCCAACUUCAUGCCACGCUACACCUUCGGAGAAGUGCCUCGUGGACACACACGCCGAAAAAAAAAGCCUAGAGCGAAUCAUAAACACGCUACAGAUACUCCAUACUCGUAGUGACUGUAAACACAGCAUUCUCUCUAGCCUUGAAAGUAUUCAUGUUAACAAAGAGGUUACAGAUUAGCAACAUUUUAUUGAUCUUUAUCCUUUUAGCUGUAAAAUGUGUAAAAUGUAAACCUGCAACAGGUGCAAAGCUACACAUAUUGUUUUAUUAAAGUUUGUAAAACCCCAAA